AUAGCCAUCAGCCUAAGUAAAAAAUAUGAUGAAAUGUGUGUUUUAUUUGAGUAAAUGUAGAAUGAUGUGCUAGAUUAAUUUUUGUUUUGUUUUCCUACGGGAGAAAAUUUAGUUUCCCCUUCAUUUACUGACAGGAAGAAGGAAAACAACUACGCGCCAAGCCGCCAAUGCAUUGCUGUUUUCAAACUGCCUGACAGUCUGCUACAACGGGUAGUUUUAUUCAGUCGGAAACAGUGUCAGAGAACGGGAGACAAACUGUGUGUCGUACGGCAGGAGAUAAAUAGCUGAAUUGCGACUUCGGAUGAUGGAAAAGAAAAAAGCAAGCGCUCCCACUGACCGCGGAAACAUUGUGGCCGUUAUCAUCUUCAUGCUGGGCUUGGGGACGCUGCUUCCCUGGAACUUCUUCAUCACAGCUUCCCAGUACUUCAAGCAGCGCCUAAACCAGACGACUGGGACGACGGUCAAGGAGUACAAAUAUGACAGCUGGAUGACAUUGCUUUCCCAGCUGCCCUUGUUACUCUUCACGUUGCUCAACUCCUUCGUCUAUCAAUGGGUUCGGGAAAGCGUACGCGUGGGCUCAAGCCUGGUGGCCAUCUUACUACUCUUCUCGCUGACGGCCACCCUGGUGAAAGUAGACAUGUCUCCUGACACCUUCUUCUCUGUCACAAUGGCGACCAUUUGGUUCAUCAACAUGUGCAGCGCGGUUUUGCAGGGCAGCCUGUUUGGGAUGGUGGGCUUACUGCCGGCUCGCUACAGCACCCUGUUUAUGAGUGGCCAGGGGCUGGCCGGAAUUUUCGCUGCCGUCGCCAUGCUCCUUUCCAUAUUAAGUAACACGGACCCUAAGUCUGCAGCAUUAGGCUACUUUAUCACGCCGUGUGUGGCCACGCUGGGAACGUUGGUGUGCUACAUGCUGCUGCCUCACCUGAAAUUUGCACGUUUCCACCUGCGACGAAACGCAAACGAUGACGAGGAGAAGGGGAAUGUGCUCCUUUCGAUCAAAGACACCACUGUAACCACACCGAACGGAAAACACUUGGAUGCUGAUAGGACAUUCAUUAGCGAGCCGGAGGAGCGAUCAUCCGUCCUGGUUGUCUUGAAGAAGAUCUGGCCAAUGGCUGCUUGCAUCACGUGCAUCUUUGCCAUCACGCUGUCUGUGUUUCCUGUGGUGACUUUACGUGUGGAGACUGUCUACAAGAACACCAAAUGGGACGAAGUUUUUACACCCGUUUGCUGCUUUGUGGUUUUUAACGUCAUGGAUUUGGUUGGCCGUGGCACCCCCUACCUCGCACAGUGGCCGCCCAGACACAGCCGUCUUUUCCCUUGUGUCGUGGCACUCCGUGUGGUCUUCAUUCCACUUUUCAUGAUGUGCAACAUUCCAACCACCAAGCUGAGGUUAAUCCGCCACGAUGCCGCCUUUGCUACCAUUGUAGCGGUUUUCGCCUUCUCCAAUGGAUACCUGGCCAGCCUCUGCAUGGCCUACGCGCCGCAGAUGGUCUCACACAGAGAUUACGAGACAGCCGGUUCGCUUAUGACCUUCUUCCUGGUUCUGGGUUUGGCACUGGGUGCAUCACUCUCCUUCCUGCUGGAAGAGUUCCUGUUGACAAAACCAGGCACAAAUUACGGCACAUGAGUAAUGUCAAAUGCUUAUCUCUCAGCGCAGUUUAAAAAACUGACCAAAAAUACAUUGUAGAAGCAGAGCUUUCGAUUUUCCACAUAACUCACAACCACUGGAUAAGGAAUCUUGAAUUACCAGUCUGAGAAUGUUCAUGCAGUUGUUAACUUAGCAUGACACAAAACUAAAGUCAUUUUAAAUGUCAACUUUCUGGCUUUAAACAACAUUAAUAGAAAUCAAGAAAAAAAAGAUGGUAUUCGGUAACAGUUAAAAGCCAAUGCUUUUAGAAUUAAUUUUAAAAAUCUAAAUUAAACAACUGCAUGAAAAUGUGGUGAUCCGGUGACUACUGGGAAUUCCAUAAUUUUUGUCAGGGAUUGUAGAUAAGGUUUAAGGGUAGGUUUUAUGUUUACAUGUUAGACAUGUUCUGACCAACAAAAAAUAAGAAAAGGAAAAAUCUUCAAAAAAUAAGCACUUAUUUUCUACAGGAGCGUAUUGCAGCCACACCAGGAAUAAAAAAAAGUUCAUUAUCACAUGCCAAGUUUACAUUUUAACAAAAUAAGUUUUGUGUUUCACCUUAAAAAUGGUAAGUUGGAAUGUCAUAGACAAAUUUGAUAAAUUACACGUUAAAAUAUUUUAACGUGGCAAAGCACAUUAAAUUGUGAAAUUUUAUGAAGUUAAAAUGUGGGACUGACAUUUUGUUUCAGGUGUGGUGGCAAUGCAUCCAUAUAAUUUUCUUUUAUUUCCUUGGACGUUCAUGAAAGUUAGCUUUAGAGAAACGGUUUUCAAGCGUGGUGUUGAAAUGUUCCUUUUUGUUGUGGCAGCUACACCUCCAUAUAAUUUUGUCUUAUGUUUCCAUGGAACUUAAUGCAUGUUAGCUAUUUAAAUAACAACAAUUUGAUUGUUGUGGGGGAGGGUUUUGUUAUAUUUUCUAUAUAGUUAACACCCAGAAAACAUUAUUUGCUAAAUGUGCAAAAACGUUGUGCAAAAUGUAUUAAUUUAUUCGGUUUUGUUAUUAUUUUUGAGUGUUGAAUUUACAUUUGAGUUAAGAGCCCAGAACAUUUUUUUUAAUGUUGAAUAUGCAUAAAACUAAAGACCGAUAUGUUCACAACAGCAAAACUGAACAUAAUUAAAAAAAUAAAAAUAAAAAAAAUUCUUAAAUUAUUUGACCCCCCCAAAAAAUACUACAAACGUGCACACAACUUUUUCAUUGACAUAAUUUCCCACACAGCACAUACUAAUGAAGUCAAAUACACUUCUUGUCCAGCUCUUAAAAUAUGUGUACGUUACUAGCUUAUACAUGUUCAAUCCAUGAUACACUUUUGUUGCAUUUUAUUUAUUCUCAAUGUUUCACGUGGUUACUGUUAUCCUUUUGGCUCUUGUUUUCAUAUCCUAUGUUUAUUUAAACGAUGCACUUAUUUUGUAUUUUGAAACGAUUAAAAAAAAAAGCAUUCAA